CCUAUUUUGGGCAUGGCAUCACUGUGGAUAUCUGGUCGAAGCGAGCACGAUGACAAAGCACGACUCAUCGGUGCAGCGCUUUAAUGUGAAGAAGGUCAAGCUGCACAGAAAGAAGCGUGUGGAGGCCAAGAACCAGAAGAAGGUAUUCAUCCAAGCCAAAGGCGACAAGAAAACGGUCGGCAAGCCACCUCCGUCCAAGAAGAAGAUUCGCCGCGACACCAAACGCGCCAAGCACAACGCCAAGUAUGAACAGGAGCGACUUGUGGCAAGUGGAUUGGUGACGAAGGAAGACAUUGAGAAGCUGCAGGCAGCCGAAAACGACGACGAGAACGACGACAUUGCCGAAUAAAUCGUUGAGAGUGCUGACGACUUCGAUAACAUUUAUAUAUUCUAUCCCUGUGCCGCGUCGACGUCCAGAGUGCGACAUGUUUGCCACGC